CAAGUUAGCUUCCGAGGUACCAGGUUGCGCACGCUGUCGCGGUCUGUGGAAAUACACAGAAACGUAAAACUCGUGAGAGGUGUUUUUUUCCCCUUUAAAGGCGAGUUUUUCUUCUGGCUGUGCCCGGGCAGGUUUGGUAGUAUCAGAGCGCGCGAGAGAGAAGUGGGCACGCACUUUUUCCUGAACCUGACUACCUCGUUCUGUCUGACCUUCAGAUCGGAUUGUCAUCCACUUUCUCCAGCAUCCAGACAUGUAGUCAGCAGCAUCAGCAGAGCAUACUUCUACUUGUGAACUCCCUUUCCUCUCAAAAAGCUUCUUCUACCUCUCGGGCUGGACUGCGGUGCAUUGACGUCGGCUCGCCCUCCCCUGCCCCCUCGCCCCCCAGCAAUGGCCUCACGCAUCGGCUUGCGGAUGCAGCUGAUGCGAGACCAGCUGCAGCAAGAGGAGCAGCGUGAGAGGCAGCAGCAGCUACAGCAGCAGCAGCAGCAGCAGCAGAAUGCAGCCCUGCAGUACAUGCAGCAGCGCAUGGCUGGGCCACCUGCACCCACCCCAGCCAUUAGCACCCCACAGCAUUACCAAAGCAUGCAGGUCCCCGUGGAGGUUCUCAAGGUGCAGACCCACCUUGAGAAUCCUACAGACUACCACAUCCGUCAGUCUCUGAAGCAACAGGUUAAAGAAUACCUGUCCACCACCUAUGCCACCAAACAGACGGUCCACGCGGUAGCAGGGCUGGUGCCACCAUCUCCUCCCACAAACAUGGGACCUACAGGGGGUUCGGCGUCUGCCCCCCCACCCAUACACUCCCCACACAUGCGCACCGAGCAGCUCAUGUCUGGAAACAGCGCCCCCAACAGCCCCAUGGCUAUGCUCAACAUCGGCUCCAGCCACGAGAAAGAGAUGGAUGAGGUCAUUGAUGACAUCAUCAGCAUGCAGUCCAAUUACGAUGACAUUCAGGGAUACAUUGACCCUGUCCAGAUGCCAAACACACUCCCCUUGUCUAGCAGUCACCUGGACGUGUAUGCGGGUCCUGGAAUGAAGGGGCCAGCCAUUGCUAUGACCAGUAACUCCUGUCCUGCCAACCUGACCAUCAAACGUGAACUGUCAGAUGCAGAAGCCCGUGCGCUGGCCAAGGAGAGACAGAAGAAAGACAACCACAAUCUGAUUGAAAGGAGGAGGAGAUUCAACAUCAAUGAUCGUAUCAAAGAGCUGGGCACCAUGAUCCCCAAAACCAAUGACCUUGCGCACAGUGAUGUGCGCUGGAACAAAGGCACUAUAUUGCGGGCCUCUGUAGAGUACAUCAAACGCAUGCAGAAGGAUGUUCAGAGGACCAGGGAGGUGGAGAACAACUUCAAAAGGAUGGAGAUGGCCAACAAACACCUGUUGCUACGCAUCCAGGAGUUGGAGAUGCAGGCUCGUCUGCACGGCCUGCCCAGCAACUCUCCCUCUGGCCUGAACCCGACUGACCUGAUGGCUCCUUAUAUAAAACAAGAGGCCAGCCCAGAGGAGAACCUCUCUCACAGCCAGGCACAAGCCCACCACCAGGCCCAGCACUUACCCCAGAGCCAGGCUCACCCCCAGGCCCAGCAGCACCACUUUCUCCCGCAAACCCACCUCCAUCAUCAGGGCCAAGCUCAGCCUCAGCCCAGGCAGCUGCCACAGCUCCCCCACCACCUGCAGCCCCAGCCACCCAUCCAAUUCCCAUCCGUAGGCAGCUCCCAGCCCUUUGACUUUGCCCAGUCGCUGGACUUGUGUGAUGGGAUACCCGGCUUCUCAGACGGCAUGUCGGGGCUAGGCGACCUGGGCGGAUUGGAUGUCCAGGGGAGGAGAGGUGAGCUGGGCUUCCUGAUGAUGGACGAGCCCUUGUCCCCUAUAGGCGGAGACCCGCUGCUCACUGCAAUGUCCCCUGAAGCCUCGGUUGACUCCAGCCGCAGAUCCAGCUUCAGCAUAGAGGAUGGAGACAUACUGUAGACACGUGCCUACGUACACACACAUUCACUCACACAAACACGUGCACAAGCACAUGCAGAGGUUUCAGACAGGUCGCAGUAAAAAAUGUAAAACGGCACAAAAUGUGACGGUAAAACGCAACACAUUUACAGCACAUACAACAGCCACCGGACGUGACAUCAUUCACCCAGAACACACAUGUUCCACAGAGUUUGAACAUCUGCCCAUGACACUCAUUUGUGGUACAGUUAUCUGUCUCCCCUAAAUGGCUCGAGCAAAAGACGGUACACAGCACUCUCACAGCUGAAAAUAUUCUGUAUAGUGAUUAGACAUUUGUAUACACACACACACACACACGUAAGAUAAACUGAGCAGCUUGAAACUUUGCCCAGCAGACUGAGCAUUUACAAGGGGCAAACCAGCACUGCCAGGUCAGGAGUUAUAUAGCACACUCGGCCAUGUUUCCGUAAAGGUGGCUCUGAAUCAUAAUUGAACGAGGCACAAAACCAGCUGUUAAUUAGAUUGAAGUUAUCGGAUACAAGGACAUUGUCUCACUUGAUCGAGGACAAGUUAUUUUCUCCUUACAUCAACCUCUUUUAGCAACCAUAAAUGAUUGAAAGGACGAUAGUGAAGAAAAUGGAAAUAGCUUUAUGGUCCUGCAUGCAGUCCAGUCACAUUGUUCUGUUCCUCAGUCUGUUAUCCCACAGUUUGCUUUGGCGUCUAGCAGUAGCUGUUUGGUGUUUGACAAAGAUCGGUGUUAGUCUGCUGAGCCGAAGUAUAUUCUUAAAGUGUCCACAUUAUAGGAAACAUUUUAUAGCUCACUGGAUGGACAAUUAAUCGUAGGAGACAGCCCUUUUAAUUCAUUGCAUAUGUCCCACUUCUGGCUGUAACCUGUAACCUUCUCACAAACACACACACACUGCCGACCCCCGGUUUCUACGUGUUUUACACUUGACACUGUCAUGACCUUUACCCGAAGAAGACACUGUAGAGCAUGUCGACUCUGCUGAGAGCAGAGAAAACUUUUUGAUAGUCUUCAAAAAAACUGUGUGUCAACCAAAUCUGUGAGGUGUCAGAAUACUCAGGUACUGCAGCAGAAUACACAAGCAGGAUCAUUUAUAAGUCGAAGCAGAUGUUAACCUGAGCUGCACCAGGCUCAUAACCGCUAUCAAUGUGCCUUUUGAUUUUUGCAGCUGCUGCCCUCCAAAGGCAUGUUUUUGUAGGUCAGAGGUCACGAGCAGGGUUUAGACUUAGUUCAAACUUCUAUUAUGCCUGUAAAUUCUUUCGAGUUUGCUUCUGUACCAGCUGUACGUUCGGUGCUGCAGGAGAUAAACGUUUCGUGUUUCUCUCACCGAUUGACUCUGUGGGGCACGGCUCGCACGAGAGGCCCGGGUGGAGGAAAGAUGUAGCGACAGGGUUUAUUGCUGGCGAGAGAAAGAGAUUGCUUUGCUGGCUCGGCCGACAGCAGAAGUAGUGUAACCUUCACUGUAAAAGCACAGCAUUAGCACAGACUUGCAUGCAUUCACGCUCUCUGUCAGCUCACAAAUAGGCAUACAUGAAAUGUGCAGUCGCUCGCCUACAACACACAAGCAUAAUGUGCACGCAGUGUCUUGCAUACAUACGAUGCACGCAGUGCAGCCUUGAGGCUCUUUUCAAAUCAGCACGUUAACAAGUCUCCUGCGCUUCAGUCCCUCCGAGUGGAGUCGAGUGAAGCUGCCGACCACAGAGGUAGAACUCAUGUCUGCUGCUCCAGCUGCCACCUACAGCAAAGGGAAUCUGUUCACCCACUGGCUCCAGUUGGCACCGUGAUGGUUGAGGCAGGCUAAGGUGGACCUGAGCUUUACCUCUGCUGUGGUCAACCUGGGGCUUGGCUUUGAUUUGAUAUAGCUUAUGAUCAGUACCGAUAAAGUUAGAAAAAAAACUUUGAUGGUGAUUUUUUUUUUUUUGAUUAAAAGAAGUGGUUGUUUUCUUUACUAUAUAUAGUUUUGUUGUUUAUUUUAUCUCCCAAAGCACUGGAACCUAUAUUAUUGUUCUGAAUUUGUACAUGGAAGAAUUAUGGAAUAAGAUUUAUUUCAGAUGUUAUAUGCCACUAAGCCACUUAAAUGUAUUUUAUUUGUAUUUGUGUUUUAGCUCUGUUUCAAUUUUAUUUCAAAACUACCCUUUCUUCACAAAACCAUUUUCGGUAAGCACACUAUAAAGGCAUUUAAGCCACCAAUGUUUUAUUGGGGAAGGAGUGGGGAGUAGUUUAUGAACUUUCAGAUUUCAACUGACUUCAGAAAGAUGAAGUAAUUAUGUACAUUUUUGAUGCCAUUUUUAUAUGAUUGGGAUUUUAUUUUUCUCUUUGUUUUAACCUUGAAAUUUGGAGCCAGACAUAGUAGAUGAAAGGUGAUUCUUUGAUUCGAUUGAAUUCAGAUUGCUCAUUUUAUGAAUGUAAGCUUUACCAGUGGUUCUGGUCAGACUGAAGCAGGCCGGCGGUCUUUGCCAUGCCUCCACCUUCCCUGACUUUGGUUUCCAUGGAGACUGGAAGACGGCUGACUUCGCAUAAACUCUGAGCCGAGGAGUUGUCGUUGCCAUGGAGUCGUAGCACUGACUGUGCGUUUGUCUCUGUCUAUCUGCCAGUGUUGUGCCUUUUCCUGAUCAGCCACAGUCUGACUGAUGUUGUACUGUCACCCAGCCAACACUCCAAAGAGCUGCUCAGGCCUCCUCUACUCUUCCACUAGAGGGCGCUCUGAAGAGCAAACUAAACAGGGAAAAGUGGUUCUGAUUUUACUGAGAAUAUAAAAUGUUUUACCAGAAUCCA